AUGGCAGGAGACCAGGCUCAGUUUUAUCAAUUAUUAAAUACAAUAUUGUCUAUAGAUAAUGAAACCAGAUCACAAGCAGAGAAAGUAUAUAAUGAUAUACCAACCGAAACGAAGGUAGUCCACUUAGUUGGUGCUAUCCAAAAUGCAGACCUUGGCGAGGAAGCCAGAGAAACCGCAGCAGUACUCCUGCGAAGGUUGCUUAGCGCUGAGUUCUUUGAAUUUUUCCCCAAACUACCUUUUGAUCAGCAAGCUAUGCUUAGAGAACAGUUGUUGCUCACAUUGCAAAUGGAUGUUAGUCAACAGUUGAGAAGAAAAAUUUGCGAUGUUGUAUCAGAGCUAGCAAGAAAUCAUAUAGAUGACGAUGGAGUCAACCAGUGGCCAGAAUUCCUUCAAUUCAUGUUCAACUGUGCGAGUGCACAAGACCCUAACAUUAAAGAGGCUGGGAUCAGAAUGUUCACAUCUGUGCCAGGAGUUUUUGGUAAUCGUCAGAAUGAAAACCUGGAUGUAAUAAAAAGGAUGUUGCUAUCAACGCUACAACCAACAGAAUCGGAGGCACUACAGAUGCAAGCCGUUAAAGCUGUUGGAGCUUUUAUCCUCCUUCAUGACAAAGAACCAGCAAUACAGAAACAUUUCAGCGAUCUCCUUCUGCCUUUUAUGCAGGUUGUAGUACAAUCAAUUGAGAAGGCCGAUGAUGAUGCAGCAUUAAAAGUCCUUAUUGAGCUGGCUGAAUCUGCUCCUAAAUUUUUGCGACCACAAGUGGAGACAAUCUUUCAAGUGUGCAUAAAGGUUAUUGGAGACAAGGAUGGUGAAGACAACUGGCGUCAGUUGGCAUUAGAAGCACUAGUGACAUUAUGUGAGACAGCGCCAGCAAUGGUCAGGAAAGUUGUUCCUAAUGCCAUACGUUUAUUGACACCACUCAUACUAGAUAUGAUGUGCGAGUUAGAAGAGGAACCUGAUUGGGCCGUUCAGGAUAAUGCCUCUGAUGAUGACAACGAAUUAAACUAUGUCGCAGCAGAAUCUGCCUUAGACCGUAUGUGUUGCGGUCUUGGUGGCAAGAUAAUGCUUGGUCUGAUUGUGGGUCAAGUGCCUGAAAUGUUGAACUCUCAAGACUGGAAGAGGAGGCAUGCUGCCUUAAUGGCUGUGUCGUCAGCGGGGGAGGGCUGUCACAAACAAAUGGAACAGAUGUUGGAUCAAGUUGUUUCAGCCGUGCUUAACUAUCUUACAGACCCCCAUCCGCGAGUGCGUUAUGCUGCUUGCAACGCCGUGGGGCAAAUGUCAACAGAUUUUGCACCGGUGUUUGAGAAGAAAUUCCAUGACAAAGUGGUUCCUGGACUACUUAUGGUGCUCGAAGACAAUGCUCAUCCUAGAGUACAGGCUCAUGCAGCAGCAGCCUUGGUUAACUUCAGUGAAGACUGCCCCAAACAAAUCUUAACUCAAUACUUGGGACCACUCAUGGGUAAACUGGAAGCAAUUUUAACUGCUAAAUUUAAGGAGUUGGUAGAGAGUGGCACAAAGCUCGUACUAGAGCAGAUAGUGACCACUAUUGCUUCAGUUGCUGAUACUGUGGAAAAAGAGUUUGUGGAAUAUUACGACAGGCUGAUGCCCUGUCUUAAAUAUAUCAUCGCCAAUGCCACUACUGACGAAUUUAAAAUGCUUCGCGGCAAGACUAUCGAGUGUGUCAGUUUGAUUGGCUUGGCUGUUGGUGAAGAGAAAUUUAUGGGUGAUGCAUCAGAAGUUAUGGACAUGCUUCUUAAGACACACUCGGAGGGUGAUCAACUGCCAGCCGAUGAUCCCCAGACUUCCUAUCUUAUCUCUGCAUGGUCGAGAAUUUGCAGAAUUAUGGGCAAAAAAUUCGCCCAAUAUUUACCUAUGGUUAUGGAGCCGGUGAUGCGCACCGCUGCUAUGAAGCCGGAAGUAGCUUUAUUAGAUAACGACGACCUCGAGAUCAUCGAGGGAGAACUUGACUGGCACUUUGUGACCCUAGGAGAGCAACAGAACUUCGGCAUAAAGACUGCAGGACUCGAAGAUAAAGCGUCAGCCUGCGACAUGUUGGUCUGUUACGCCCGAGAAUUGAAGGAGGCCUUCGCUGAAUACGCCGAAGAUGUUGUCAAGCUAAUGGUGCCGAUGUUGAAGUUUUACUUCCACGAUAACGUGCGCACAGCCGCCGCCGAGUCUCUGCCUUAUCUAUUAGAGUGUGCGAGAAUCCGCGGCCCGCAGUACAUUCAGGGCAUGUGGGCUUACAUCCUUCCCGAAUUAUUGAAGGCUAUAGAAUCCGAUCCAGAACAAGACGUCCAAGUGGAACUGCUGAACAGUCUUGCAAAGUGCAUUGAACUCUUGGGAACGGGAUGUCUGUCUGACGAAUCUAUGGCUGAAGUGUUACGCAUCCUCAACAAGCUACUCACUGAGCAUUUCGAGCGCGCCACUCAACGCAGACAGAAGCGCGCCGACGAAGAUUACGAUGAGGUUGUAGAGGAACAACUAGCGGAUGAAGAUAAUGAGGAUAUAUACGGCCUGUCCCGAGUGGCUGACGUGUUACACGCGCUCAUGUCCGCCUACCACGAGAACUUCUACCCUCACCUGGACUCGCUGCUCCCUUAUCUUGUACAACUCCUCGCUCCCGGACGUCCCUACUCCGACCGACAGUGGGCUAUUUGCAUUUUCGACGACGUCAUCGAGUUCGGCGGUCCGGCCUGCGUGAAGUAUCAAGAUAUCUUCUUGGAGCCGAUGUUGAAUGGUCUACGUGAGCCUGAGCCGGAAGUUCGACAAGCCGCAGCUUACGGUUGCGGAGUGCUAGCUCAGUUCGGAGGACCAAAUUUCGCCGCCGCCUGUGCUCGAGCCGUUCCCCUACUAGCCGCCCUCAUCGCCGAGCCAGACUCACGUUCCGUGGAAAACCUAAACGCUACCGAAAACGCCAUCUCUGCUGUUACGAAAAUUAUAAAAUACAAUCACUCGCAAAUCAAUAGGGAUGAAAUCAUCAGGCAUUGGUUGACCUGGCUCCCAGUGGUCGAGGACACAGAGGAGGCGCCACAUGUAUACUCUCUGCUGUGUGAGCUCGCAGCCAGCGGACACCCAGCCCUCGCUACACCGGACGCGCCCCGACUCGUGAUCGCUACACUAGCCGAAGCCUUCCUGAGAGACGCCGUGCCAAACGAUAAUCCAGUGUACGCGCAGAUGGUCGCGCUCGUCAGGCAAAUACAGACGAAUGCGGAGCUUUUCAAUUCUUGCUUGAUGCAAUUGAGUAACGACCACAAAGAAGCUCUUAAAGUAGCUCUGCUGACCUAG